AGUGUGCAGACACAGGCUUAUGUCCAAAGUCAAAUAUCAAGAGAAGAGAGAAAUGGCCGAAAUGGCAGAACUGGAUCCACACUGUAGUAUGGGCCCUGUUGCCACUGCUAACACUCACCUUUUUCUCGUAAUCUUACUUGUGUUCUUUAUGCAAGUUGGGCACAGCAGCUGUAAGUUGGAUGCAGCACCAGUAGGGAAUUGGAUGCAGUUGGAUGCAGCAGCCGUAGGGAAUUGUCCCAACCCAUGCCAUUGCACUGUGGAAGUCCUCAACUGUAGCAGAGUCAUCAGCCCUCCUGGACUCCACCAUGUGCCCGUUCCCAAGGCAGCUGCUCAUUCCUAUGUUUUCUUCUUCUUGGUUCCCAGCCAUAAUCUGCUGAAAGUCAUUGAUGAUGCCAGUUUUUACAGGCUUCCCUCACGGAAGCUUCUAGACCUUAGUUCCACAGAAAUGACCGCAAAGAUAUUGGAGGCCCUGCUCCAGUCCUCUCUGCAAUUGAAGACUCUCAUCUUGCCUAACAAGAUGUCCUGCUGUCUUUGCCGUAUGAAGGAUGGCAUUGAAGUUUUGUCUGAUACGAUUAAGGUGGACUGCACCGACACGUGUACCACAAACGAAACUCUCUGCGAGAAAGAUGAGGCUUUGAAUAGGAUGCAAAAAGAAGUAAUGAAGGUGUUAGAAAUCAGGAAGCUGAAUGCCAGCAGUACACUGAACACUGUGCCUGAGAAACUUUUACACAGCAACAUAACAAUGAAGGUCACUGUGAGCCAGAGAAACACCAGUUUAGGUGAACUCACCCCACAUCUUUUGAAAUCAGUCCAGGAAUUAGGUAAGCUGAAACCUGAAGAGUUCUUGCAAAUCAAGUGGAAUGACAAAACUGAACUGAAAAAGCUGUACAUGCUGGCCAAUUUGCUCCAGAUGGCACUCAGAGAAAAAGUUAUGGAAGAUAAAAGGGGCAGACAAAGGGCAACUUUGCUGCUCAGAUCUCACCAAGUAGCACACCGGUCUGCUUGGAAGCAGUCUGUUAUGCAGUCCAUAACUAGCAUCCCCUUGUUGACAGCUUCCAUCAUGGUGGAUAAUGACGCUGCUGACUUGACUGGCCGAGUACUUAUCAUUCUGAAACAUGUCAAUGAGUCAAGCCAGCAAGACCGCUCUCUGCAUGAGGAAGAAACAGCGGCUCCCAUUACCACUACCACCACAACUACUACCACCACUACUACCACUAGCACCACUAGUCAGAGUUUGCUACUGAAGGGUACGUCCGGCUCUUCCCAAAAUGAACCUAGUGAAGGAAACUCAGAGCAGACAUCAGCAAAUGCACCAUUAAUGGCUAAGGAGGUGCUGCUCAACCAGCUCAUGCAUGGAACUCAGGAAGGUGGCACGCCCCAAAUCCCAGGAGAUAACACAGAGGCACCCCAAAUCCCAGGAGAUGACACAGAGGCGUCCUUAAACGAAAUCUCCCCUGACAUAACAUUGUCCCAUGAGACACACUGGGAGCAUCAUGAAGUGAAGACCACUGCUCACCACAAGCUGAACAUCUUGCCCACUGAUGAUGACUACUUGCUUCAAGGGGACCUUUUUGAAGCUGAGCUUAACAAGCUGCUAUCGCCCCUUAUCCCAAACACACCAGAGGCGAACUUCAUAUACCAAGUGAUCCGUAUCCUAAUAAUUGACUGCACAGAGUCGAAGGUCCAGCUGGCCUGUGCUAAGCUAAUCUCCAGAACAGGUCUCCUCAUGAAACUCUUCAGUGAGAGAGAAAAUGUCAAGGAUACUUCUGCCCUGUGGAAGUCAUACUUCUGGUCUAUGAAGAAUGUCGACAACCUGUCCACAGGAAGUCCAAGAAAACUGGAGAAACCUGAGAUUGCAAGCCAAGGAAUCCCAGAAUCUGGCUAUGGCAACAAGUUCGUGUUGGCUAUUUCAGUGACUGUAGUGAUAACGAUUAUCUUUACAGUAAUUUGCAUGACUGAGCUUUUGGCAGCACUGGAGGAAGCAGCUUGGUUUGCUGGAUUGCAGAGCAGUUCUGCUAUCAUGUUCUGCAGCUAAGGAUGGCAUCCCUCAAGAAAAACGGACCUUUCUGGGCAGAAAGAAGAAAGGUGCCGAGCAAGUAAGGAGAUAGCUUAUGUUCUCCAGUCACCAUCAGAGAUAUGGAUUUUCUGGAAACCUUUGUUGGAAAUUUAUCUGAAAAAGUUUCCCAUGCAAAUUUCCCCUCACUUGCCUAAAAUUGUAGAGGGGGUUUCUCUCAAAAAAUGAAUAAAUACCAUAGAAAUG